GAUGAUUGUCCAAUUCCGCCAUUGCAUUCAGUUCAGUUCAAACCUGACUUGAACUGAGUUGCAGACAGUGGUACCCGCUCUCUCGCAGUAGUUCCGAUUCGCGCAAGAUAUCCUGGUACCAGUGGUACCGGUAGCCACAGCUAACCGACCGAGGCGCGACGCCGACCGACGCUCUUUUGUUUUUAUUUCUAUUCGUCGUCCUAAGCCAACUAGGACGAGCGCGAUCCUCGCGCAGGUUGUGUACACUUUGCGAUCUACCUGAUCCUGGAGAUCCAGUUUGAAAGAUACAAUCUUGUUCUUCGAUUAAACAUAAAGUGGUCAAACAUUUUAAGUACAAAUGGACAUUGCAUAACGUGUGGUUCUUCUUAAUCGUACAUAGUGCUUUUAGUGACAUAUUGAUUGCAUCUAUGGCUAUAAUGAAUACUGAGGGAGAUACCACUGCUUCAAUCCAGAAUACAGCGAAUGGAAAGGCGGACCGCGAUGUCGAACUAGGCAACGGCACCGUCGACGUCGACCUGCGUGACAUCACGAACAACAACACCAUCAAGGAGUCGAACCCAAAGCAGCUCGACGAGGAUCCGCACCAGCAGCAGUCUUCCUCCAGCGAGGUGGCGUCUUCGUGGUCGUGUUUGAAACGUCGCCGUAGUCGGGUGUUUCUGCGUCGAAUGGCUGUUUUCGCGAGCGUUUCGGCGGUCAUCGUCGCCGUCGCGGCGCUCUUGGCGUACGCCGCAGGAUGGAUGGCUGUAGCGCAGGCGGCCGUCGUCGCCGCAGUGGCGUAUCUCGCGGCAGGGCACUGGAUGUGGUUUUAUGUGGCGGCCGUUACUACGCCUAGGGAUCUCAGGUGAGUGAGUCGUUUGGCAGGAUGCCACAGACAAAGGCGGAUAUAGCAUUUGUCAGG